GACGCUGUGGUGGAGGCCUUCCUCCAGCAGGCUCCGAGGGGGAGGCAGAAGAGGAGCAGUGGAGAAGCCAGGAAGAAUGUCACCUUCCUCCCCAUCUCCAGGGCAGAUGUCCACAGUGUGAUGGCUUUGAACCUAAGUAGGCUGAGCGAUUACUUCCAGUGUGAUGGCUACAAGGGCUACAGGCUGGUCUACAGUCCCCAGGACGGUGUCACCUGCGUGUCCCUGUGUAGUGAGGGCUACUGUCACAAUGGAGGCCAAUGCCAGCACCUACCAGAUGGGCCCCAAUGCAGCUGCGCAUCCUUCACCAUCUACACAUCCUGGGGCGAACACUGUGAGCACCUAAGUGUGAAACUUGGAGCAUUCUUCGGGAUCCUCUUUGGGGCCUUGGGCGCCCUCUUGCUCUUGGGGAUCCUGGUAUUUGUCAUCUGUCACUUCUGUGGCUGCUCCAUGAACAAGUUCUCCUACCCUUUGGACUCAGAAUUGUACUGAAUUGGCCUUGCUCCAGAUGGGCAGCCGCACCUAGGAUACCUCAGGACCCACCCAUCACUCCGCCUCUGAUCUAAGGAGACUGGAAAGGGGCUGCUGAGCGAAGGGGAUUUGCGAUUCUUCAAGAAUGAAUAAAGGGAGUAGCCAGACUAUACCUUGUCAGUAGACUAGGGGUACAGGAAAAGGCCACGAUGACCAAAUAUUUAGAUGGGUGGGUCCUCACACAGACACAUCUGAAAGGAUGACACUGCCAUGUAUGAAGUGCACAGACACACACACACACAUACACACACACACACACACACACACACACACACACACACACACACACACUCCAGAGUUAAUGGGUGACUGGCUCUACAUUAACCAAAAUGUUUUUAUGUAUAAAACUGACUUACUUCUCAUUCAAAUAUAUUUAAUAAAAGCCUUUUAUCUUUUUGUGUCUCCAAACCAUGGAUUCCAUCC